UUGGCUCUUGCAAAAAGCGUUUCAAUUUUGAGAUUUGUUUUUGUUUUCUUUGCUUUUGACCUCGCUUCGACCCUUUACCGCGAUGUGGCUUCGUCCAACUCUUGUCAUCUCUCUUGCUGUGGCAGUGCAUGCCAUCGACGUUUUGUUGGAUGAUGAAUGUGAAGGUAAUGAGUGCAGCUUGGAGAUGCUUCACCUUCGGGCAAAGAAAAUGGCUGUGGAGAAAGGCUCCAGUGCGGAAUUGCAAGAAGUUCACGGCAGCAAUCUACAGGACGAAGAGAACAGCAAAAAAUGCCUGACCUGGGCCAACUGCCGCAACGGAUUCUUCAACGGAAUCAAGUGCAGCGGCGGCCGCUACUGCACGAAGUGGGGCGGUGGUCGUGUUUGCAAGAAGUACGUGAGUUGCCGCAACGGCUUUUUCAAUGGCAUCAACUGCCACGGCAGCCGCUACUGUGUCACUUGGGGCCUCUUGCAAGAAGGCGAGGAAGAGUCUGCACAAGACAUUGAGAGUCAGAAUCAAGAAGCCGAUUCGACCGAUGGUGAGCUCAACAUGCAGGAAGAGAAUGACUUGCAGAAUGACAAUGAGGAGAACGGCAAAAAAUGCCUGACCUGGGCCAACUGCCGCAACGGAUUCUUCAACGGAAUCAAGUGCAGCGGCGGCCGCUACUGCACGAAGUGGGGCGGUGGUCGUGUUUGCAAGAAGUACGUGAGUUGCCGCAACGGCUUUUUCAAUGGCAUCAACUGCCACGGCAGCCGCUACUGUGUCACUUGGGGCCUCUUGCAAGAAGGCGAGGAAGAGUCUGCACAAGACAUUGAGAGUCAGAAUCAAGAAGCCGAUUCGACCGAUGGUGAGCUCAACAUGCAGGAAGAGAAUGACUUGCAGAAUGACAAUGAGGAGAACGGCAAAAAAUGCCUGACCUGGGCCAACUGCCGCAACGGAUUCUUCAACGGAAUCAAGUGCAGCGGCGGCCGCUACUGCACGAAGUGGGGCGGUGGUCGUGUUUGCAAGAAGUACGUGAGUUGCCGCAACGGCUUUUUCAACGGCAUCAACUGCCACGGCAGCCGCUACUGUGUCACUUGGGGCCUCUUGCAAGAAGGCGAGGAAGAGUCUGCACAAGACAUUGAGAGUCAGAAUCAAGAAGCCGAUUCGACCGAUGGUGAGCUCAACAUGCAGGAAGAGAAUGACUUGCAGAAUGACAAUGAGGAGAACGGCAAAAAAUGCCUGACCUGGGCCAACUGCCGCAACGGAUUCUUCAACGGAAUCAAGUGCAGCGGCGGUCGCUACUGCACGAAGUGGGGCGGUGGUCGUGUUUGCAAGAAGUACGUGAGUUGCCGCAACGGCUUUUUCAACGGCAUCAACUGCCACGGCAGCCGCUACUGUGUCACUUGGGGCCUCUUGCAAGAAGGCGAGGAAGAGUCUGCACAAGACAUUGAGAGUCAGAAUCAAGAAGCCGAUUCGACCGAUGGUGAGCUCAACAUGCAGGAAGAGAAUGACUUGCAGAAUGACAAUGAGGAGAACGGCAAAAAAUGCCUGACCUGGGCCAACUGCCGCAACGGAUUCUUCAACGGAAUCAAGUGCAGCGGCGGCCGCUACUGCACGAAGUGGGGCGGUGGUCGUGUUUGCAAGAAGUACGUGAGUUGCCGCAACGGCUUUUUCAAUGGCAUCAACUGCCACGGCAGCCGCUACUGUGUCACUUGGGGCCUCUUGCAAGAAGGCGAGGAAGAGUCUGCACAAGACAUUGAGAGUCAGCAUCAAGAAGCCGAUUCGACUGAUGGUGAGCUCAACAUGCAGGAAGAGAAUGACUUGCAGAAUGAGAAUGCGGAAAACGAAGGCCGCUAUUGCACAAGGUGGGGCGGCGGUGGUUAUGGAGGUCGCAGAAGGUGGAGGAGCGGUGGCCGUGUUUGCAGAAAGUACGUGAGUUGCCGCAACGGCUUUUUCAACGGCAUCAACUGCCACGGCAGCCGCUACUGUGUCAGUUGGGGCCUUUUGCAAGAAGGCGAGCAAGAGUCUGCACAAGACAUUGAGAGUCAGAAUCAAGAAGCCGAUUCGACCGAUGGUGAGCUCAACAUGCAGGAAGAGAAUGACUUGCAGAAUGACAAUGAGGAGAACGGCAAAAAAUGCCUGACCUGGGCCAACUGCCGCAACGGAUUCUUCAACGGAAUCAAGUGCAGCGGCGGCCGCUACUGCACGAAGUGGGGCGGUGGUCGUGUUUGCAAGAAGUACGUGAGUUGCCGCAACGGCUUUUUCAACGGCAUCAACUGCCACGGCAGCCGCUACUGUGUCACUUGGGGCCUCUUGCAAGAAGGCGAGGAAGAGUCUGCAAAAGACAUUGAGGGUCAGAAUCAAGAAGCCGAUUCGACCGAUGGUGAGCUCAACAUGCAGGAAGAGAAUGACUUGCAGAAUGACAAUGAGGAGAACGGCAAAAAAUGCCUGACCUGGGCCAAAUGCCGCAACGGAUUCUUCAACGGAAUCAAGUGCAGCGGCGGCCGCUACUGCACGAAGUGGGGCGGCGGUGGUGUUAUGGAUCAUUCUACAAGAGAGACAGUCUUUCAAGAGGUAUUUGAUCCCAGAGAGCUGGAACUUGCAUCGAGUGACAAGGCACUAGUUCUUCAGGUCAUGACGGAUGACAUGAAAGAGGCGCGGGAGCGCGCCCGAAAGCGGGCAGCCGAGAGGGAGCACAAUGCUUACAUGAUGGAUAGAUACCAUGAGCUUGACAGGAUCAAGAAGGAGGCAGAAGACAAGAAGAAGAAGGAGCAGGCAGAAAAAGAGGCAGCGCUGAAGCGAAAGGUGGCCGAAAAAUUGGCCUUGGAGGCGCAGCCGCACAAGCUCUUCGUAGCAGGUGAUCCAAGGGGUCACUUAGAGAAGCUGUUUUCGACAGCACAGGCCCAAGCAGCCAAAGUUGGUGGUAUCGAGGCACUUUUAUGCGUCGGCCGCUUGCUGCCAGAUGAGGCCGAAGGAGGCAUGUUGGCAUACCUCCGAGGGGAAAAGAAGCCGCCCAUCGAGACUUUCUUCAUCGAUAGCAACGCCGCACUGCUUCAGGCAGCUCCGCUGGGCCGUACCUUGUGUGAAAAUCUGCACUUCUUGGGCGGCUAUGGAGUGAAGACGAUCUGUGGCCUGCGCGUGGCUUUUCUUUCUGGCUACUAUGAUCCUGCAAGGUACAGUACCCCAGACGUGGACUUCGUUGGAGGGGCUUUCACAGCUCGGGCUGUGAACAACCUCAGGCGAGUGGUCGCAGAGGACAAGUGGAAACGUGGUGUAGAUCUUCUGCUCACUACUGCUUGGCCAUCUGGCUUGGAUCAAAAACUCGAGGAGGCGGCAAAGCCUGGCCAAGUGGCAGAACUGCGACCGUGGCAGGAGGUGGCUGCCCCUCCUCUUGCCGAACUCUGUGGCGCACUGGAGCCUCGUUAUCACCUUUUCGGGACAGCUGACAUUUUCUAUCAGCGGCCCCCGUUCAAGGCCCCAAGGCGAGAACACGCUUGUCGUUGUAUAGGCCUUGGUUGGGUGGCCUCGAAACGAAAGUGGCUCCAUGCGCUCUCGCUGAGCCCGAUGGACUGCAUGAAGCGAGAGGACUUACGGCAGUUGCCUGCAGGUACCACAGCCUGCCCUUUCCCGAGAAGGGAAGUGGAGGCCCAGAAAGAGCAAGAAAAAGAGCCCAAGUCCCUAGCCAAGGACGAAGCUCUUGGUGAAUUGGCCUUAGAGGCUCUGAAAAACAAAGAUGGUGAAGCCUGGCGGCGGCACACUGCACAGUUGAAGGACAGUGUUGUGUGGGUGGGCAACGCCAAUAGUGAGCUACCUGCCCAGCCGAGAAAGAAGGCUCGCACCGACGACAUUGAGGGGGAGAAACGCUUGGAGCAAAGCUAUGCCAGCCCUGGCACUGCUUCUCCUGUUUCCAGCAAGGAGGAUGACGAAGAGGAAGAUACCCCAGAGGCGUUGGCAGCAAGACAGGUGGCGCAGGAGAACCUGAGCAAACCGCCGAAGAAGGGCAUUGUUCGCUACACCUUCAGAGAUGAAGGCCUCCUAGGCGUCCGACUGUCUCGAGAUGUACCACCAUGGAUUCUGGAGGUGCGGGACGGCACUUUGGCAGCAAGGAAAGCUCCAAAAGUGCCUAUAGGAGGCGUUGUGAUGGCCAUCAACGGCUAUGACCUGUCGGUCAGCGCUAAUCCGUGGGCAUUCAAAGCGUUGGCUAAGCGGCCUGUGGUGUUGGACAUCGACUGGCCAAUUGAUGUGCCGAUGCCAUCAGUGAGUUCAGCAUGA